AUGCCAGCAAGAAAUGUUUUUGGAGCAAAGAAAGGAAGUCCUGCUCAUGGACUGGCUUGGGAAGCGAUAGUAGAUCAUCUGAAUGAAAUCCACUCUCCAAAAUUCCAACUGAAGGUUAAAAAAGCUGUACGAGAGCAGUGGAACCUUCUCCAAAAAAAGUUCAGCAAAAAGAUGAGCGAGGAAGAGAAGGCAAGUGGGAUUUCUGUGGAAGAGUUAAUGGAAAAGGAAUCCCUGAUCGAGGAGUUAGUGGAGAGAGAAGAUGCCAUACAAGCAAAGGCUGAAUCAGCAUUGAAACAGCAACUCAAGGACAACGAGACUACGGAAGAUAUCCGGAAAAAAGCGAUGGGGAGCCUUAAAGAGACCAAGAAACGCAAUUCAGAAGAAGGUGGAGCUGAAUACCGCACUUUUGACUGUUGUGCAAAAGCCACUAGACAACUAAUCAGCUAUCAAAAUGUUUUUAUUUAG